GCAGCCUUCGCCCCUCCUCUUCUCCCCAUGGCCGGAGCACCAAGAAACCAAGAACCCACCGUCCCCACCUCUCCUUCCCCACCGCGUGCCUCUGCUCUCCUGCGUCACCGGCUACCGACGGAGCAGUUCCAGGACGGCCACCACGUGCGGCUGCGGAGCCGCGAGCGCGGCACGUACCUGCACGCCGACGACGACGGGCUUGGCGUCUCCCUCCGCCGGCGCCGCGCAUCGAUGAACGCGGCUUGGGCGGUGCACAUCUACGAGGGAGAUGGCGAUGCCCUGUACGUGCUCCUCCACAGCGCCGCCUACGGCCGCUACCUCGGCGCCACGGACGCGCCGGCGCCGCGAGGCCACAGCGGGCGCCGCGUCGAGCAGUGCGACUACGAGCCGUGGCAGGAGGUGGACAUCAGGUGGCAGGCCGUCAGGAUCGGCUCGGGGGACGAUGUCCUGCUCCGCCACGUCGCCGGCCGCCUCCGCGCCAACGGGAGGCACCUCAGCGUCGACGACUUCAACAGCACCGGGACGAUGAUGCACUGGGUCGUGGAGCGCAUACCCGCCAGGGAGGACACGCCUCGCCUUGCAGCUCCGACUGGGCUCCGCCUCCCCAGAAGCCUCACCUUCCUGUUGCCGUGGCGGGUGAUCCAGUACGAGCAGGCCGGCGCCGACGAGCCCAACGCCAACUUCGCCUGGCCCUCACUCCUAUUCAGGGGCAGGUCCGUGUUCCACCUGAGGAAGAAGCUGGCCCGACGGCUGGAUGCCGCCAUGGACGCCUCCAACCUCGUCAUGUGCGUCCGAGCGGGUACGCACGGGCGGCCUACCCCACUGCUCGUCGAUCUGCCCCACAGAGACGAGACCCUCGACAUCAUCGUCGUCAUGGCCGGGACGCCAGCCCACGCAGAGCUGCGGUACCCGGAUGUCAAUGCAGAAUAGAGAAAGAUAAGAGCGGGAUUCCUGUCCACCUCUUCAGAAAUGUCGCUGCCUCAGACACGAUGACAUGAGAAUUCAGAGACAAGGUUUAGGAAGCGGAUCUUAUGUCUGCUAGCUUAGAUAAACUUGAUUCAUUCUCCAGACAUGGGGAAACUGUCUAUUUUGCCUGUAACGAUUGCGUUCUUAUUCUUGCUACUACUUCAGGGUUGCCUCUGUAAUUUCUCUCAGAUGUCAACUUGGGAACCUCUGUGAAUAGUUAUGCAAUAACUUUGGUUUGUAAUGGUUGUGUUCUUAUAUUUGCUGCUACUUCA